UAAAGCAAAAUUCUCACUGAAAAUCAAAAAGCGCCCCUGAGGGCUGCCGCAUUGGCUUCAUAUUUGGGGGACGGUGGGUAUUCUGCCGCCCUCGGUGCACGAGCACUCCCUCCCAAAGAUCUUAUGGCCUUUGGUUCUGUGUUGCAGCACAAUCAACACAACAUAGGUCGCGCGGAGCCUCCGUCGGGGGUUGGAGACCCCUGUGCGGGCUGCAACAAGCCCAUUUUAGACAAAUUUUUACUUAAUGUGUUAGAACGAGUGUGGCAUGCGUCCUGCGUGAGAUGCUGCGACUGCCAACAACCACUCACAGAUAAAUGUUUUAGUCGAGAAUCAAAAUUAUAUUGUAGGGAUGACUUCUAUAGACGUUACGGUACUCCAUGCUGCGGUUGCGGACAAGGCAUUAAUCCGUCAUCUCUUGUGCGGAAGCCACGUGACAAGGUUUUCCAUCUCAACUGCUUCACAUGUUGCAUUUGUCGCAAGCAACUAAGUACCGGCGAACAAUUGUACGUAUUAGAUGACAAUAAGUUUAUUUGUAAGAACGACUAUCUGCUCGGGAAAACGCAUCAAGCUGAUUCCGUGGUAGGCUCAGGGUCUGAAGAUGAAGACGAAGAUGAGCAUAUUAGGCCUCCGCUGGGUCUUAGUUCGUUACUAAAUGGACCAGAUUCGGGCGGGGCACUUACAGCGUCAGACCUUUCAGUACAAAGUAUGAGUACGGACAGCAAAACGGGGCAUGAUGAUUCGGAUCAGGGCUCUCUGGAUGGCGAUCCAGAUGGCAGAAACGACUCACAUGCCGACAGCAAAAGUCCCGAUGAUGGCGGCGGCUCAAAACGACGCGGGCCACGCACAACUAUCAAAGCGAAACAACUAGAAAUCCUUAAAACAGCAUUUAGUCAAACACCGAAGCCUACUAGACAUAUAAGAGAACAACUAGCGAAAGAAACUGGUCUGCCGAUGAGAGUGAUACAAGUCUGGUUUCAAAAUAAACGCUCAAAGGAACGGAGAUUGAAGCAACUUACGAGUAUGGGUCGCGGUCCAUUCUUCGGCGGAUCACGAAAAAUGCGUGGAUUUCCGAUGAAUUUAUCCCCUGGCGGGAUGGAUGACGGGCAUCCCUUCCCGUAUUUCGGUGCCGAUGGAAAAUUUGAAUUCGGUUAUGGCGGACCACAAUUUCAUCCGCAUGACUCACCUUUCUUCCCCGGGCAUCCGGGAGGACCAAUGCCUUUUAAUGCGCCAGGCGGACCAAUGGAUCACGCAGGCCCCAUCCCCAUGGUGAACGAAUUUGGCGGCAUGACACCUGACGCGCAAUUCUUGAACCAACCAAAUGGACCGCCAGGUGGCGCUGGCAACGGACCCGAUCAUCUGCUCGGCACAAAUGGCCCACGUGGCGGAAGUCCCGAGUUCCUUGGCAGCAAUCAGUUCAGUGAACCGCAAAAUAUGCAAAACGAGGGACUCGUAUGGUGAAAAAAGUUCUUUUUUAGUCGGCUUGAGUUGUAAAAGUUUUUUUUUGUUUUGUUCGUUCAACUUGACAACAUGAUCAUCAAUCAAACACCUUUUAUAAAUGCGACGAGGAGAAAAAAACAUUAAUUACGGAAAGGUAACACAAAAAAAAACUUCAAGAGGCAACUUUUUCUUUUCUUCGUGGAAUGUUGCGCUUUAAAUCGUCAAACAAUGAAAUGUGAAAAGAAAAAUAGAAUUGACCUGUUACAAGCAGCAGCAGCAUCAAACACGCAACAUAUAUAAAAUCAUUUAUUAUGCUAUUAUUAUGAUCACGUGCUAGCCAGGCAGAUUUGAAAUGUGACGACGAAUUAAUUUUUUUGUUGUUGUUAUUUAGUUCUCGGAUCGUAAAAAAAAAGAAUGAAAUUCGAGCCUCUCAUGUUCGCGUGAUGACUCACCGCCGUUGAUUGUCGUAAAUAGUAAAUGUACAAAAAAAAAGUGUAAAAUAUCGAUCACAUUAGAAAUGAGAUCUCUUAAUUUUCAAGUAAAUAUAAAAAGAAAAAAAAUAUAUUAAGACCUAAUAUAGGAAAAAAUUAGAACCAUGACAAAAAGUUUCAUCUUUAUUAUUAUUAUUGAU